AUGUUAGUGAUGAAUUUUUUUGUUAUAUUUUUAUGUUUUGUAACAGGAAAACCAGACCCAGAUCAAGUUCAAGCUGUUGGAAAAAAGGCUAACAAGGCACUGAAAAAAAAGUACACAAGUACAGGUAGCUAUGUACAGAUGCUCCCAAUGGUUGAUGAUAGUAAGAGACACAUAAUGGACAUCUACACUAAGCUAUGUUUAGAUGAACUAGUUGACAAAAGUGGGAAGAUUCAACACAAGAAAAUUAAUUCAUAUGAAGAGAUUUUCCACUUUCAGACCAGGGAGGGUUAUCCAAUCAAACGUAUUGUUGUAAGCGGAUCAGCAGGAAUUGGCAAGACAACCCUAAUUGACAAAAUUGCUUAUGAUUGGGCAAUGGGCAACAGUGAGACACUCAAUAAGUUCAAACUUGUUUUUGCUUUCAAAAUGCAUUCAUUGCAACAAAGUAGCAACUUAGAAGAUGCCAUCUUUAGUGAAAAGCUUCUGACCAAAGACUGUGUAGAUCAAUCUGCCUUGAAAGAGUUUGUUGACAAGAACCAAGACAAAGUAUUGAUUCUCUUGGAUGGAUUUGAUGAAUUUAAAUUUGACCCGCUUGACACAUCCUCAUUUGGUUCGAUUCUCAAUAUUCUGAAUCGAAAGCUGGGCCCAGAAUGUUGUGUAGUUAUUACAUCCCGUCCUCCCCUUGACAAAUUAGUCAACAAAUCAUUGGUUGAAAAGCCCUAUGCUCAUGUGAGAGUUGAGGGGUUUUCCGAUACAGAUAAAGAGGAAUAUGUGAAUAAAUUCUUCCAUGAUGAUCAUGUCAAGGCUAGCAAGCUUACAGAGCAGAUAAAACAAUCAGAAACCUUGUCUGAUUUGGCAAAGAGUCCCAUGCUACUGCUGCUCAUGUGUUUGCUGAUGGGGAGCACAGAGAACACCCUCCCAGACACAAUGACACGACUGUAUAACAAAGCACUGAAUUACAUAUUCAAAAGAAAAACAAGAGACAUCAAAGACGAUGCAAUAUCUAAGAUUUUGAUUUCUAUUGGAAAGGUUGCUCUAGGUAGUCUCCUUUCUAAAGAUCAGUCAUUUGCCUUUAGAGAAGGGGACUUUGAAAAGAGUGCGUUAGAUGCAGCAAUUAAUGCAGGUGUCCUCACUAGUGAGAGGGUCAUCGAUGGCCUUGAAACCUAUCAACGAGUAACUUUUAUACACCACACAUUUCUGGAGUAUUGCGCAGCGAUGUACUGGCAAAGCUUGAUAAACACCAAAGAAUUUGACAUAAUCCUAGAUCAGAUUGAGUUGCCAGCCUCUCCUUAUGUGUCUCGAUAUCAUUAUCUGCUCCGGUUUUGUUGUGGAGACAAUGUGGCAUGUACAAAUCAUAUUUUACAGAAGGUGCAUCAAGGCAGAAAUUUGGAACUUGUCGUUAUUUGUUAUUUUGAGAGUCAGUCACAGGAACUGCCACCAGCAAAUGUUAUCAGUUCAAUUCUGACUGAUCGUCUUAUACUUCACAGUUGGAAUAAUGAUAGUACAAAUGCAUUCUUUCAUUUUGUGAACCAAGUGGCAGCCAUCAGCAGAGGAAAUGAUUAUUUCACAAAGGCUGAAUGUUUGUAUGUGCAUGAUUUUAACUUCCCGAGGUUUGGUGAAGAUUUGGCAAAGUCAAUAAAACUAUUGACCAAUUUACAAUCUCUAGCUCUGACGUAUAGCUCAUUAACUGUCGACAAUACUAAUCAAAUCCUAUCAUCAUUGGAAAGUCCAUCAACAUUGACUGAGCUAAACCUCACAGAGAGUAUACUCUUGGGUGGCUCUGUGUCAUCGUUGGCUCCUCAAUUGAUGAAACUGAUGCCCCUCAAGAGGCUGUACUUGGCUGGCUGCUCACUGGAAGCUCAAGAUAUGUCACCCAUUGCAGAGUCAAUGGGUGACACUCUGGUUAAUCUAGAUGUAUCAUGGAGCGAAGACUUGGGUGAAUGUGCAUCCAUUUGGGGUCCUGAACUGGGGAAAAUGGAAUGCCUUCAAGAAAUUCACUUGCAAGACUGUUCAGUGCAAGGUACAGAUAUUGAGCCCAUUGCUGUGGCACUGAGUGGUGUGUCUACUCUGGUUAUACUUGAUCUGGGAAGUAAUCCACGCUUGGGUGGUUGUGCAGAAAUGUGGGCUCAGCACUUGAAGGGAAUGAGACACCUUGAGGAGGUGAACUUGGGUAGGUGCAAAUUGAUAAAUAAAGAUAUUGAGCCCAUUGCAGAGUCAGUGAGUGACAUGCCUAAUCUGAUUCAUCUGAACCUCCAGGAUAAUGAUGCAUUGGGUGGCCUUGCACUGUUGUGGGCUCAGCACUUGAAGAAAAUGAACCACCUUAAGGCACUGACAUUGAUGGAUUGUAAUCUGACAGGUGUUGAUAUGGAGCCCAUUGCUGAGUCAGUGAGUGACAUGCCUAAUCUGAUUGAUCUAGAUCUCUCAAAUAAUGAUCCAUUGAGUGACUGUGCAUCAUUCUGGGCGCCUCAUUUGAAGCUAAUGACCAAACACCUCAAGAGGCUCAGAAUGUGGAGAGGCAUGAAGAGCAGAUGGACAGAUGAAGAUAAGCAGCACAUUAAUGCAUCAAUCGGCUUGGAUUCGCCCAUAUUGGAGUUGUCUAGCCAACCACACAAGACCCCACAAUUGUUUGGCCAGUACUUGGCUUCUUCUGCCGAGAUAACACUCAUCAAUAGGACUAGUAACUGGAGUUUUCUUCCCAUGAACACGUGA